AUGGAAGCCGUGCAAAGCGCCCUUUCCCUCCUAUCGGGCGUGGUCCGAGCGCCGGCGGAUCUGGAGAAAGCGCUGCAGCAACUCGAGACGAUGCAAUUGCCCUCCGCUCGCUUGCUCAUCCACCAAAGCGAGUGGGGCAUGUUCAAGAAUACGGAGCUAGACAAACUUAUCUGGCAGCUCAAGUACGCCACCGACGAUGCCGAGGACCUUCUCCGUGAUUUCAGAGACCAGGCGCAGCGGCGAAAGAUUGAGGACGCAGGCCGGAGCAGGACAGGUCAACUCUGUUCUUCCUCUGUCAGUAAUGUAGCACAUAUAUUCCAUGGUAGCAGUGGAAGGGUAAGGGAGGCCCAAGAUAAGCUAGAAAAGGCUCGGGCUGAGGUUGAGAACGGGCUCACUAAGAGGGGUCUCCAUGUUGUGCCACUGAAGUUGAUGCCUACAACAACUGAAAUCAUCACCGCUCCUCAAGUGUUUGGCCGUGAAACAGAACGGGAUCAAGUGAUGGAGGUGCUGGGUGUGACUGCGACCAUUGACCGCAUCCAAGAAUUUGAUCAGGUGAUCACUCAAAUGGGCAUGCCACUCACUAUGGGCAGUACAUCUGCAGGUUCAUCUAAAAGAAAGAGCGCAGGGCAUCAAAAGAAAAGAAAGAGCGCAGCGGCAUCUACAAGCAAAGCAGCCAAGCGGCUUGGCAACAGUAGCAGCAGCCCAAGAUUUGCUGAGACUACCAACCUAGCUGGCAACGUUUCUGUCUUGCCGAUUUUUGGCAUUGGCGGGAUUGGGAAGACCACCCUAGCUCAGCUCAUCUACAAUGACGACAGGGUGAGAGCCCACUUUACUGUGAGGAUAUGGGUCUGCGUUUCUGACCUCUUUGAUGAUGAACGGAUGACAAAGGAGAUCAUCAAGACCAUGUCUGAGCCAAACAUUGACUUGCCGUCUGAUAUAGGUGAUCUUCGAGUACAGCUGAAGAAGCAGCUGAAGAGCCAAAAGUUCCUUUUGCGAUGCGGACCUGGCCAAAAGAUGGCGCCGCUCGCUCUGAAAGGGAAGGCCGCCGGCGUGUUCCUCGCAGCCAAAAACGACCUGAGCACGACGCCAUGGAUCCGGUCGCGGAAGGAAGCUCAAGGGGGAGGAAUUGAAUUGAGGAAAGGAAUAAAAGCGCCGUUACAUCACAUGGCGUCCGUGGUGUGGAUGUGGCGGUGA